CCGAAUUCCGAUCAACGUUAUUUUGCAACAACUUUUACCGGUGAUAAACUUAUUUUAUAACGAUGGCUGCCCGUAAUAUUAUUAAACUUGGUGCGUUAGAAGCUCCCAGGACCGCGUUCCUUCUGUGCGACAUACAGGAAACUUUUAGGCCUCAUGUGAAACAUUUCGGCGAAGUUGUGAAAGUCGCUAAUAAAAUGAUGGAAGCAGCGAAACACUUCAAGAUCCCCGUUUACAUCUCCGAACAGUACCCCAAAGGUCUCGGCCACACGACAAAAGACAUUAAAGUGGACGAUGCAGCGUUAGUAUAUGAGAAGACUAAGUUCUCGAUGUACACACCAGAACUGCAGGAACGGUUGAAGAAGGACAUACCUAACCUGGCCUCGGUGGUGCUUUUUGGUACUGAGACACAUGUCUGCAUCGAGCAAACUGUCAUAGACUUACUGAAUGAGGACCUGACAGUCCACGUGUUAGCCGACGGAGUGUCCUCGCGAUCCCUGAUGGACAGAGGAUUGGCGCUGCAGCGCUUCCAAUCCAUCGGUUGCUUCGUAGGGACUUCAGAGAACGUUCUGUUCAAGCUGCUUCGAGACAAAUCGCACCCGGCCUUCAAGCAAAUCUCCAAACUCAAUAUGAACCCUACUGCUGACGAAUUUUGGAAAACCUCAUAGGAAGUUUAAAUGAAAUGGAUCAAAACUAGUUUUAGUGGGUAUACUUAGAUCGUUUCAUCUACGAAGACGCGCCCCACCAUUCCUUCGCUAAUGUUUGAGUGUUAUCGGUACACGCUAAAUCAUCCAUGAGUGCACACGCACACUACAGUAAUGACGCUCGGAUCAAACUCCCCGCACCCCGCGCUUCCCUCGACAAAAAUUGGUGGGGCGCGUCUUCAUGGAUGAAACGAUUUAAUAAGUAGUAAUAUGGCAUUUGAACUUCGUUGUUUUUGGGAGAACUUUUCAUUUUAUCACGGUGUCGUUUUCUCUACAGAUUUUUUUGUGUGAUACAGUCAACGCAAAAUAGUUCUUGACACCCAAAGUGGCCAAAAACGAGGGUUUUCGCGUAUGAAAGAUCCGCUAGAUGGCGGGACGUGGAUGUGGGGUCUGACUGCUGCGUGAUUGGUGGAUUUUGACAUAUCUGUCAAUGUUAUGUCAAAAAUAACCAAUCAUGCAGCAUUUGGACCUCGCGUCUACGUAUUGCCAUCUGGCGGAUUUUUCAUACGCGAAAACCCUCAUUGUAACAAAGACGUGUCGCGAACUAUUUGACGCUGAUUAUACGUAAAAUACAGACGAAUUUCAAUAUCUUUCGAAACUUUAAUGGACCACGGUUAUGCAACUUAGUUUUGAUUGUAAUUUUGGUUAGUAAUCCUAGAAAGAAACUUUAUUUAGUUAUCUACAGAUACAUUAGGUUCCUUGCGUUUAAAAAUAAGCCAUAACAUUACUAGUAGGUUUUGAAAUAGUCAUGAUAGCUUUGUA